CUCUGGUCUGCUACUCUGGUCUGCUCUCUGCUACUGUCUUGCUGCUGUUGCUGGUGGUGUGCUGAUUGCUAGCUCUCUUUAAUUUACUUCAAUUUCUACAUUUACCCCUGUUUUCUUCCUCUUUCACCCUUCAUACUUACUAAUCCACCUUUAGCCUGCUUCCACUUUGCUCUACCCACCUAUUAAUCCACUCUUAGCUCACUUUUACAGACUUCUUCCACAGGUUUGCUGGAUUAGCUGUUUGCUGCUGCUGUUUGGUUUGUGUUAGUUUCUAAUUUCAACUGAAACAAGGUGAGUGCUUUUUUGUCAUGGCUACUGCUGGGUUUUUCUCUUGUUCAGAGUGUGGCAUGUUUAGUUUAGACCCCUUCUCCACCGAUAGUCAUAAUGAUAGUGGUGUUUGUUCAAAGUGCAAGCUAGUUAACUGCCUGGUAGAGAAGGUGGACAAGUUAGAGCUGCGUAUCCGGGGUUUAAUAAGGGAUAGACAGCAAGGGUCACUGUUAGCAGCCCCGGGUACACCAGGGAGAGCUAGUACCCCCUCGACUCCGGCCUUAGAGCCCCCACAGCAGGGCGAAUGGGUAACGUCUCGGCGGCAUAGUCGAAAGGCUAAGGCUAAUGCUACUGCAAAGGCCACAGCCAGCCCACCCGCUGAGGAGCCUGUUAAAGGUACUCUGGUGAUAGGAGAUUCUAUCGUCCGGCACGUGAAAUUAGCCACUCCUUUAGGGGCACCAGCGGCUAGAGUUAUCUGCUUACCGGGAGCCAGAGCACCGGACAUUAGUGGCAACCUUAGGCUGUUAGCAAAUAGGAGAUAUUCGAGGGUAGUUAUUCAUGUAGGGGCCAAUGAUAUUCGUCUGCGGCAGUCUGAAGUAACUAAGGCUAAUAUUAAAGAGGUGGUUAAACAGGCCCAGACGCUGUCCGAGGAGGUAAUCUGUUCUGGCCCCAUCCCAAUGAGGCGUGGCGAUGAAGCUUACAGCAGGCUUUCUUCGCUGAACCGCUGGAUGUCCAAGUGGUGUACGGACAAUCAUGUGGGCUUUAUAGACAACUGGCUAAUGUUUGAGGGCAAGCCUGGUCUUUUAGGUAGGGAUGGUGUCCACCCCACGCGGGAUGGUGCUGCCUUACUUUCGUGCAGCAUAGUGCUUUUCCAGGUGCUGUCUGUGGUGAAGAUAUGCUCAGGUGGUCUGCCUCUAAACACCUACAGAAAUGAAGGUAAAAACGACAGGAAGCAGAGGAUGUUUGGUGUAAAGAUGGAGAUCGAAUGUACGGAUCUUCUCCAGGCUGCGGGGCGGAGAGCUUGGGGAACACUAGCGUUCAUUUUGUGUGGCAGCUCAGUACAGUUUAUUUAUGAAUGA